UCAAUUUCAUUCACCCUUCCCCUUUUGCUAUAUAUACCUAAAGAAAAAACCGUUUUCCGCUCAUCGCUUCUGCCCUAUAAUCACAACCGCCUAAAAUUGCAGCAAACAUGGCACCAAUUUCAGCUCGGAGAUUCUUCUCGCAGCUCCCAAGUUGAAUUCUACGUCAGCGCUCGUUAGAUGCCGCGUGUUCGAAGAUUCUGCAGAUUGUAGCUGAUGUAGUAUUGUUAUUGUUAGAUAAUUCAGCCGUUGAGUGAGAUAUUAUAUGAAUACGGAGAUGGAAAGUCAUUGGGAUGGAGGGUAUAAGAUAGGAAUUUCGUGAUUCUGUGUUCGGUGGUUUUUGUUGAAAAAGGUUUUGUUGUUUGAUUGGGAGGUUUGGGUUAUGGUUGUGGGAGAGAGGAUGGGCAAAGAUGAUAUUCUGCUGCUGCCAACAGUGGGACCUCCUAUAAAGAGACGGUUGAGAAGGAAACAAGCUGGAAGAGGCUCCUACAGAGGAAGCUAAGAUUUGGGCUACACAUCAAAAAGGGGGUGGAUAUAGGGAGUUUCUUGGGUUUCUUUCCUGAUUUAGAGUUGGAGUUGGGUGUUACUGGGUAGGAAUUUUAUUGAACAUGGCAAGCCGAUUGCAAGAAGCACUCAGGAGCUUGUGUUUCAACACUGGUUGGGAAUAUGUGGUUUUCUGGAAGCUCAAGCAUCGAUCAAGGAUGAUGUUUGCUUGGGCGGAUGCGUAUUAUGAAGGCAACCGAUAUCCUGACAAGAAAUCAACAGCAAGUACCCUGAAUGAAGGUUCUUAUUCACAUGAUCCUUUGGGAUUAGCUGUUGCAAAGAUGUCAUAUCAAGUAUAUUCUCUUGGAGAAGGGGUUGUUGGGCAUGUUGCAGUUUCUGGGAAGCAUUCAUGGAUAUUUUCGGAUCAGCAUGUUGUUGAUUCAUCAUUCUCAUCUGAGUAUUAUGGUGCUUGGCAAACACAGUUUUCAGCUGGCAUCAAGACCAUUGCAGUCGUGCCUGUUAUUCCACAUGGAGUUGUACAACUAGGCUCCCUUCAUAAGAUUGCUGAGGAUUUGAAGCUGGUUGACCAUAUCAGAAAUGUUUUCUGUAACCUGCAAGAUUCCUUAGCUGGUGGUAUCCCAACCUCAUUUAAGAAUACUUCUCUGUUAGAUACAUGUAUAAGAGCUUCACAUCCAGCUUUUCAGCAUUGCGUAGCUAAAUUAAAAGGGUCCGAGGAUGAGGUGGAUUUUUGGUCUCAGUUGAUUUCACCGCUUGGGGAGUAUGUUAAUAAAGAUCAUAUUUUGCCUCCAAAGGGGGGCUUUUUAAAUAAAAAUCUGAAAGUGAAGAUGCAUGAAAGUGCAGAAUGCUCGAACCCUGCAAAUGAUAUUCUACUUCCCUCAAGUUGUGAGAAUAUCCUUACAAGGAAACAACAAGGAGAGAUGGAAUUUGUUAAUGAAUCAAAACAUGUUGGAGAAUCGAAUGGUGUUGGGAAUUCAGGGAAGAUGGCAGAAGUUAUUUGUGCGCCACCCAUCAAUAAUGUCAGGUUUGAAAAGUCUAGCUUAUGUAAUGAAACCCUACCUACUGAGGGUUCUCAAAUGGUCGCAUCCAAUGUUCCUACACUAGAUUUUGCAAACCCAGAAGUACCAAUCAGGCCUAAUUGUGUUGAGAUGCAGACGUCACCUUUCAGUUUCUGUGCUGGCUAUGAACUGUUUGAGGCAUUGGGACCUUCUUUCCAGAAACAAAAUGAUUGCGUCUGGGAGGCAGAAAAUAUUGGUUCAGAGAUGGCCGUUGAGAUUUCUCAGGGAAUGAGCAGUUGCAGUCUGCUGAUGGAGAACUCUGAUAUGCACCUUCUAGAUGCAGUGGUGGCUAAAGCGAGUCAUAAGGGAGAUGACACAGAAAGUGAGAUGUCAUGCCGUGACACUGGGGAAUCUCUAUUGACUGCUGACAGAACACCUUGCAAUAGUGUAGGCACUCUGAGUUCGGCAGGUUUUUCAUUUGACCGAGACACAUCAUGUAGCUUCAACUCAGUGACAUACGGUGUUGAAUCUAUGAAAGGUAUCUCACCAACCAGUUCUAGUAGAGGCAGUGAAUAUGUGGAAAGGUCUCAAGUACCAUUAAAGACAUCUAAAAAGAGAGCUAGACCUGGUGAAAGCUGUAGGCCAAGGCCCAGGGAUAGACAGUUGAUCCAAGACCGGAUAAAAGAAUUGCGAGAGCUUAUUCCAAAUGGAUCAAAGUGCAGUAUUGACUCACUUCUUGAGCGAACAAUUAAGCACAUGAUCUUUAUGCAAAGUGUUACCAAGCAUUCAGAAAAGCUACAUAAAUGCUCUGCGUCAAAGUUUCUUGACAAGGACACUGGUAUGAGGAAAUUUUCACGUAGUGAGCAGGGUUCGAGCUGGGCUGUAGAAGUGGGAAACGACCAAAAAGUAUGCCCAAUCAUAGUUGAAAAUAUAAAUAUGAACGGGCAAAUGUUGGUUGAGAUGCUGUGCAAAGAGUGUGACCAGUUUCUUGAGAUAGCAGAAGCAAUCAGAAGCUUGGGUCUAAGUAUUUUGAAAGGCGUAUCAGAAGCCUAUGGAAAUAAGGCUUGGAUGUGCUUUGUGGUUGAGAAUAACCGAAGCAUGCACCGGAUGGAUGUUUUAUGGUCAUUGAUGCAGCUGUUGCAACCUAAAAUUUCGAAUUAAUCUGCAAGUUCAUAACAAACAACUAACGUUUCCGAUAGCCACUGCUCUGAUGGAGCCGGAGUUAUUUUUGGAGGCUUCUUCUAGUUCCAAACCAUUGUAAUUUGUAACAUUAUUUUUGUGUGUUGACUGUUUAGUAGCAGAGGUUCUGGCAACAAUUUCCUUUCUAUCUGUGACAAUGUGUGUAUAUUUUCUUAUGUAAUUUUGAGUGCUGUUGUGUUUUUUUUCC